CCUCUGCUCAUCUCAUCUCACUAUCUCAGCCAUGCCGGCGCCCAAGACGUUCGUGCUCUACCCGUCGCUGGGCGUGGGCCACCUGAAUCCCAUGGUGGAGCUGGCCAAGCACCUGCUCCGCCACGCCCACACCGUCGUCAUCGCCGUCGUCGACCCGCCCGACAGCGACGCCGUCUCGGCCGACGCGGUGGCGCGCCUCGCCGCGGCCAACCCUUCCAUCGCAUUCCGUCUCCUGCCCGUCCCGCCCAGCCCUGACCACGCCGCGCACCCGGUCAAGCGCAGCCUCGACACGCUCCGCCUCGCCAACCCCGUCCUCCGCGACCUCCUCCGCUCCCUGCCCGCCCCCGGCGCCGACGCCCUCCUGCUCGACAUGUUCUGCGUCGACGCGCUCGACGUCGCCGCCGAGCUCGACGUCCCGGCAUACUUCUUCUUCGCCUCCGCGGCCGGCGCGCUCGCCGUCCUCCUGGACCUCCCGCACAGCUACCCCGAGCUGCCGUCGUCGUUCAAGGACAUGGGCGAGGCGCUGGUGCGCAGCCCCGGCAUGCUGCCGAUCCGCGCGGUGGACAUGCCGCUCAUGGUGCAGGACAAGGAGAGCGUGACGACCAAGGUCCGGCUGCACCAGUUCCGGCGGAUCCCCGAGGGGAGGGGCGUGCUCGUGAACAGCUUCGACUGGCUGGAGCCCACCGCGCUGAGAGCGCUCGCGGACGGCGUCUGCGUGCCCGGCCGGCCCACGCCCAGGGUUUACUGCAUCGGGCCGCUGGUGGAUGGAGGCGGCGAGGAGCGGCGGCACGAGUGCCUCGCGUGGCUGGACGCGCAGCCGCGGCAGAGCGUCGUGUUCCUCUGCUUCGGCAGCAAGGGCGCGUUCUCGGCGGCGCAGCUGAAGGAGAUCGCUAGUGGACUGGAGAGCUCCGGGCACAGGUUCCUGUGGGCGGUGAGGAGUCCGCCGGAGGAGCAGAGCGAGUUCCCCGAGCCGGACCUUGAGCGGCUGCUUCCGGCGGGGUUCUUGGAGAGGACGAGGAACAGGGGCAUGGUGCUCGGCAGCUGGGUGCCGCAGGCGGAGGUGGUGCGGCACGAGGCGGUCGGCGCCUUCGUGACGCACUGCGGGUGGAACUCAACGCUAGAGGCGAUCAUGUCUGGGCUGCCGUUGAUAUGCUGGCCGCUCUACGCAGAGCAGGCGUUGAACAAGGUGUUCAUGGUGGAGGAGAUGAAGAUCGCCGUGGCGCUGGAGGGAUACGAGAAAGGAAUGGUGGAGGCUGAGGAGCUCGAGGCGAAGCUGAGGCUGGUCAUGGAGACGGAGGAAGGGAGGAAGCUUAGGGAUAUGCUGGUGGUGGCGAGGAAGAUGGCGUUGGACGCGAUCGGCGAAAGCGGGUCCUCUGAAGCGGCAUUUGUCGAGUUUCUGAGGGAUUUGGAGAAUAGCACCAUGGAGAGCCCAGUUGAUCGAUCAGGCCGUGUGACUAAUGAACUUUGAAGGAAAGGUAGUAGUAACAACUUAUAUAGUUCAGACAACACAAAUUUUCUCAUCAGCUCAUUGCACCAAAACAACAAGGCGCUAGGCAUGUUCUAACAUAUACAACACUUCAUUGUGACUCUCAAUUCCGAAUCGAUGCAUUGUACUGAAAUGUGUAGCAUAUUGUGAUACAGUAUAACUGGGGAAAUAUGAGCUUGAACCUUUCACUGGCUCAGUUUGAAAUUUGCAA